AUGGCUGCCCACAUCGCCCUUGUGUAUCUGGGCCUGGUGCUGCUGUCGCUUCCCCUGGGUCCCUACCACGGGGUGGCGGACGCCCAGUCGGUGCCCACGUCCAAUCAGACGGUUGGUCCCUCGGACGCCCCCGAGGCCACCCUGGCCACCCCGACAGCCUCGCCCCCCGCCAGCGCGCCGCCGCCGCCGCCACCCCAAGUGGAGGGCGGCGGCAAGCCCUUCCAUGCCCCCUUGGGCGGCAACUGCCUGGGCUACUACGACGUGAUGGGCCAGUGGGACCCGCCGUUCAACUGCAACGCCGGCAUCUACCAGUUCUGCUGCGGCUCCUGCUUCUACCGCUACUGCUGCUCCAAGAAGGGCCAGGGCCUGGACCAGAUGGGCUGCAACAACUACGACACGCCGGUCUGGGCCAACACCGGCAAGCCCGUGGCCGCCGUCACCGAGGCCCAGGAGGAGCCCGAGCGCGACCGCACCCACAUGAUCGUCUACAUCAUCUGCGGCGUGGUGGCCAUCAUGGUGCUCGUGGGCAUCUUCACCAAGGUGGGGCUGGAGAAGAGCCACCAGGGAGGCGGGGGAGGAGGACCGCAAGACAUGACCAACUCCAGGACCCUGACGGAGCUGCUGAAGCAGCCAGAAGGGGGCGGGCCGGACAGGGCAGGAGGCCAUCAUCCAAUCGGGACCAACGGCAUCUCUGGCAGGCCGCUGCGCACCAAUAACGACCAUAACCACCUGAACAACGCUGCUCUGUCCCCCCUGGGCCCCGCCAUGGCCCUCUCCCACCCCCACAACAACCUGGGCCUCAACUUCAACAAGUACACCUCACUCAAGGCCCUGGAGACGGGCCCCCGUGACUACUACAAGAGCUACCCCAUGAUGGACUACAACCCUCGGCAGACCUCCAGCCCGCCCACCUUCCAGCCCAUCGCCUUCCACCCCAAGGACAAGCCCUUCCUGCCGCCGCCAGACAUCCACGCCCCGCUGGCCAUCACCGCCGCCACGGCCGCCGUGCUGCCCAAGCCCAAGAUCUCCAAGACCAACACGCACCCGCUCACCUCCGCCUCCGCCUUCAAAGUGUGGGACCCCAGCAAGAGCCACAUGCCGCAGCACCCCCAGGCGGUGCACGUGGGGCCCCCUCUGCAGGCGCUGGCGGCCCUGCAGGCCCAGCAGCAGAUGGGGGUGGGGAUGGGCAUGGGGGUGGGCAUGGGGCAUCAUAUGGGGCAGCCCAUGAGGCGGCAGCCCCCGCUUCCUCCCGGUCCGGGAGGAGUCUUCACGAACAAGAGGCAGUUCAGCAUCGAGACGCUGCCCGAGCUGUUCACGCAGCCCCUGGGCUACGGACAGAGCCCGCACCUGCACGCCAAGCACAAGGGGCUGCCCACCAACAGCAAGACGGAGGUCACGGUCUGA